UCAAGUCAAAUCUGCAAUCGGCUGCAUCAGUGCAUCUGCACUCUGCAGAAUUCAGUUCAGACGUUAUGAUUUCUACAAAUUUUGAUCAUUAUGCUACGUUGACAAAUUAUAACAUUUUAUGGAGUUUGAAAGUGUUUUGUUUCCAGACAUAAUUUUCAAAAUACGUUUAAAAAGAAAUGGGGUUUGAGGAGGUGUUGGUUAUUCUUGUUACUCAGGUCUUUUUCUUCAUGGGUGGCUGGGUUUUCUUCGUUAAGCAGCUGUUUCGUGACUAUGAAGUGCACAAUCGAUUCGUUCAAUUGAUAUUCUCAGUCACAUUUUCACUUUCAUGCACAUUGUUUGAAUUGAUCAUUUUUGAGAUAAUCGGUGUAUUCGAAUCCAGUUCCAGGUAUUGGUAUUGGAAUAUUUUUCUGUAUGCUAUCCUCAUCAUGCUUAUUGUCAUCAUUCCUUUCUAUAUCGGCUACUCCAUCCUCAGCAACAUAUCUUAUGUGAAAGAGAAGCUGCUGCGACCGUUGUCGGUGGUUGUGUGGCUGAUCUACAUCUACCUUUUCUGGAAGCUGGGUGACCCGUUCCCGAUUCUGAGUCCGAAGCAGGGCAUUCUGUCGAUCGAGCAGGGCAUCAGCCGAGUGGGGGUCAUCGGGGUCACUGUCAUGGCGCUCCUUUCCGGCUUCGGUGCCGUCAAUUACCCCUACACGUCCAUGGCUUACUUCAUGAGGCCGGUGACAUCAGCCGAUGUGCUGUCGAUUGAGAAGCGUCUGCUGCAAACGAUGGACAUGAUCAUAGUGAAGAAGAAGAGGAUCGCCCUGGCAAAACGGGCCGCCAACAGCCGGGCGGGAGGACAGGGCAUUUGGGGCAUGCUCAAAACGGUCGCUGUCAACACCAGCUCUUCCGAAAACAUCUGGCAGUUGAAGCAGGAAAUCUCGGCGCUCGAAUUGCUGAGUAGGCAGUUGUUCCUGGAGGCACACGACACGCGAACCAUGCGCGAACGAUUGGAGUGGGCGCGUACUUGGCGCGGAAAGUACUUCAAUGUGCUCGGAUGCUUCUUCAGUAUCUAUUGCAUUUGGAAAAUAUUCAUUUCAGCGUUCAACAUAGUGUUCGACCGGGUGGGUAAGAUAGACCCAGUGACCCGCGGCAUGGAGAUCGCCGUUCAUUGGAUUGGCUUCAACAUCGACGUGGCCUUCUGGUCGCAACACGUGUCGUUCUUCCUUGUCGGUUGCAUUGUGAUCACCUCAAUCAGGGGUCUGCUGCUCACUCUUACCAAGUUUUUCUAUGCGAUAUCAAGCAGUAAAUCCUCUAACAUAAUCGUGUUAGUACUGGCUCAAAUAAUGGGUAUGCAUUUCGUGUCAUCGGUACUAUUGAUGCGAAUGAACAUGCCACCGAGUACCGGUCUAUCAUUACCGCCGUUCUGGGAGACCUGCAGUUCGGUUUCUACCAUCGCUGGUUCGACCUUAUAUUCUUCAUAAGCGCCGUUUCGUCAUUAGUGUUCCUAUACAUAGCGCAUCAGCCUAAACAGGCUGAGAAACGCUGAAUCUGACAAUUGAAGAUUUCAAGCAUUUCGCAUGUUCAAGUAACACACAGCCUACUGAACAUGCUGAAUUGAUGUAUUAUUUUGCCUUCCAUGAAGGCUUAUUGUAUUAGGUUUUUAAUUUUAUCCAAAAAUAUUUAUUAAAUAUGUUUCAAUAAAUGAUUUAUCAAUACAGUUUCCGGUAUGAAUGACGAUUAAAAACAUUUCUUGUGAAUGGAUUAUUAUUUUUAUCAUGUAUAGUUUUAAAAUUAAUGCCCUCGACUUUUCGGCAGGGCAAAAUUUAUUAAAUUAUUUAAUAAAAAAUA